GUGUGGGCGAGUCCUUUCAAGAUAGAGGUAGCAGCGAAGGCUAACACGUUGCUUUGCCCCUCUUCGCCUGCUCCCUCGAGACUUCUCCAGCUUGCUUAACCCCAAUCCCUGACUUCCGAACCCUUAUUCCGGCCCGAGGGAGAUCCAUUCCCUGUGCUCGCCUUGUUGCAUCCCGUCUCGGCCUUCCUUGGAUCGCUUUGCCGUCGCGGAUUGUGUGGGUUUCACAGAGCUUUUGUGUGGGUUUCACAGAGCUUCUUGGUCUUUUCGUAGUUUUUGAAGCAUCAGCUCAGAAGAUGAUUGUCUUCCCUCGAUUUGAAUUCCUGCAGUGACCGAGUUUUCGUGCUAACAGAUCGAAUCUUGAUAUGUUGGGUUUUCUUAAUCGCUAAGUCUUCCCCUUUUUCUAUUUAAAGAUCUUUGUGAGAAGAUUAAGGCUUCUAUUCCUCUUCUGGCGAUUGCUUUUGGGUUCUUUUCGUGACGAUCGGUUAAUCGAGUAUAAAUUAGGUGGUAGGCUGGUUAGAUUUGUGAAAGAAUGGGGGCGAAGAUGCUGUGGAUUUCGGUGUGGGUUCUGUUUCUUCUCUGGGGCUCUUGCUGGGGACGGUUCGUGGUUGAGAAGAACAGCUUAAAGGUGACCUCGCCGGACUCGCUGAAAGGCAUCUACGAGUGCGCCAUCGGAAACUUUGGCGUUCCUCAGUACGGCGGGACGAUGGUGGGGAUCGUGGCGUACCCCAAGGACAACCAGAAGGCUUGCAAGAGCUUCCGGGAUUUCGACAUCUCUUAUAAGUCCAAACCUGGAGGGUUCCCCACCUUUCUUCUCGUCGACAGAGGAGAUUGUUACUUUACAGCAAAAGCAUGGAAUGCACAGAAUGCAGGAGCUGCUGCAAUCCUUGUUGCUGAUAACAAGGCAGAACCUUUAAUAACAAUGGACACACCUGAAGAAGAGGACACCAAGGCAGAUUAUCUUCAGGACAUCACAAUUCCUUCAGCACUUAUCAGCAAGAGCUUUGGAGACAGCUUAAAAAAGGCAAUUGAGAAUGGUGACAUGGUUAGUGUCAACUUAGAUUGGAGGGAAUCUUUGCCCCAUCCUGAUGACCGCGUGGAAUAUGAAUUUUGGACAAAUAGCAAUGAUGAAUGUGGCCCCAAGUGUGACAGCCAAGUACAGUUUGUUAAGAACUUCAAAGGAGCAGCACAGAUAAUGGAGAAAAAAGGUUAUACCCAGUUCACCCCACAUUACAUAACAUGGUAUUGCCCUGAAGCCUUUCUUUUGAGCAAGCAGUGCAAAUCCCAGUGCAUCAACCGUGGAAGAUACUGUGCACCUGAUCCUGAACAGGACUUCAGCAAAGGUUAUGAUGGGAAAGAUGUUGUGAUCCAAAACUUGCGUCAAGUCUGCUUGUAUCAGGUUGCUAACGAAAGUGGGAAGCCAUGGCUGUGGUGGGAUUAUGUAACUGACUUUGCAAUCCGUUGUCCCAUGAAGGAAAAGAAGUACACAAAACAAUGUGCUGAAGAAGUAAUCAGAUCACUGGGCAUUGAUCUGAAGAAAAUAAAUAAAUGUAUGGGAGAUCCUGAUGCAGAUGAAGAGAAUCCAGUGCUUAAAGCAGAACAAGAUGCACAGAUUGGAAAGGACUCCCGGGGUGAUGUUACUAUUUUACCAACUCUUGUUAUUAAUAAUAGGCAAUAUAGAGGGAAGCUGGACAAAACUGCAGUGCUUAAAGCAAUAUGCGCUGGGUUUCAAGAAACAACUGAGCCAGCUGUUUGUUUGAGUGAAGACAUACAAACAAAUGAAUGUCUGGAGAACAAUGGCGGAUGUUGGCAGGAUAAGGCUUCUAAUAUCACUGCAUGCAAGGAUACUUUCCGUGGAAGACUAUGUGAAUGCCCUGUUGUGAAAGGUGUGAAGUUUGUUGGUGAUGGAUACACUCGUUGUGAAGCUUCAGGAUAUGGGCGAUGUGAAAUCAAUAACGGAGGGUGUUGGAAGAAAACUCAUGAGGGGAAAACAUACUCUGCCUGUGUGGAGGACGGAUGCAAAUGCCCGCCUGGCUUUAAGGGUGAUGGAAUUAACAAGUGUGAAGAUGUUGAUGAAUGCAAGGAAAAGACAGCAUGUCAGUGUUCUGGCUGCAAAUGCAAGAACACUUGGGGUAGUUACGAGUGCAGCUGCGGUGGUGAUUUAUUAUACAUGAAGGAACAUGACACAUGCAUAAGCAAAAAGGCUUCUACAGAGGUUGGCUGGAGCUUCUUGUGGGUUAUCCUCUUUGGCCUAGUCAUAGCUGGAAUCGGAGGCUAUGCUGUAUACAAGUACAGAAUCCGGAGUUACAUGGACUCGGAGAUCCGUGCUAUCAUGGCCCAGUACAUGCCACUUGACAAUCAGGAAGGACAGAUUCAUGUCCAUCAUGGUGACAUCUGAGAUGGUAGCGCUGCAUAUCUCUUUUCAUCUGAUCGUUCCUGCCAAAUGCGGCUUUAUCUUUUUUGCAAAUCUGAAUUGCCGCUGCAUCCUUUUUGUAAAUCUGAAGCUUAUUAAGGCGCCAUUGGAUUUGUAGAUGAUAUAAACAAUAUGGUUGUAUGCUCCAGCUGCUAGUGAUGAAUAAUGUGAAUCUCUAGUUAGAUUUCUUAGGCUAAACCAGCAUCAAUCUCAGGAAUACUAUAUUUUGUGACGAUAACUAAUAUGCAUGUAUGCUACAUACCCAAGUGAUGAAUAAUGUUGAUCUCUUGUUGGAUUAUGUA